UAGAGCUGGGUAAACAAACUGGGAGGACAGGCAGCAGCAGGGACUUUUCAGGCUUUGGGUGGACAUUUGAUGUAGUUUCUAUUCAUUUUAUACCAUUUGUAACUGUUUUUCCUGAAUACUUUGCCACACUCGUUUUUCGAUUUUUGAAACGGCUGAAAACCUGAAUCACUAGGCUGCUAGCUACCUGUGUUGCAUAUUAAAACUGGGCAGAUAUUUUUCGACAGGGAUUUUAAUUACAGAGCCAGCAAACAAAAUAGCUAACAAGACGAAGACAUUCAUGAAGUAACGUUUUGUGUUAUACUCAACGAGGAACAAUUAUUCCGAUUUUGGAUCUUGAACCGCAAUAGUACCUGUCUUUGAAAUAGUAUCACAAGUUGUAGAAAGGUUUCGCUAACGUUCGCUAGCUCCAGCAGAAUGACGGCAGUGCAGUUGAUGAACAUCCAGAGGUUGUUGGAAGCGGCAGAAUAUCUUGAUAGAAGGGAGAAAGAGUGUGAACACGGAUAUGCAUCGACGUUUCCGUCGUCAAUUCAGAACACGAACUACCAGAGGCAAAAUAAAUGUCGAAACAAGAAGUUCCACAAUAACCAUAACAGGUCUACACAUAAUGAGUUGGAGAAGAACAGGAGAGCCCACCUGCGUCUGUGUUUGGAGAGGUUGAAGGCCCUCAUCCCUCUGGGAAAAGACUGUAACCGCCACACUACCCUGGGGCUGCUCAACAAAGCCAAAUCACUAUACCUGGGGCUGCAAAAACUUGAAGAGGCGGACCGUAAGAGCCGUAACCAGCUGGACAGUCUGGAGAGGGAGCAGAGGCACCUCCAGCGCCAGUUGGACCUGCUGCAGGGGGGCACUGUGUCCGGGGUAGGAGGCACUGGGCCGGGGGAGGGAGAGAGGAUACGCAUGGACAGCGUGGGCUCCACCCUCUGCUCCUCCGAGCACUCGGACUCGGACCAAGAGGAGAUUGAGGUGGACGUGGAGUCUACAGAGUUCUCGGAGCACGGGGAACUGGACUCGGUUUCUACGGCCUCCACCAGCGAUCUAGACGACCACAGCAGCCUUCAGAGUCUAGCCAGCGACGAGGGCUACUCCAGCUGCAGCAUCCUCAAACUCUCCUCAGCCUUCUCCGGAUCCUCCUCAUAGGAGAUGGCUGUUGGGUGUAGACUCCUCCCCCCCGGCUCCAAUCUGCAACCUCGGGGGGCUAAAUCAACAUCCAAAGACCAACCACCUGAACCUGUCCAGCGACGAAGGUUACGAGGGCAAACGUUAAUCCAGCGUCCUCUUCAAACUCAGCGCCUUCUCUGACCGGCCGAUUAGAGUUGUCUCCAGCCCCCAGCUCCAACCUGCAAACACCUUGGCCUCCAUCCACCACCCCUGUUGUGUGUCGUCAUGUCACCCAUCUACAUGUAUCAUCGCCGACUACACCAUCGCCAUGGCAUCCCUCAAGUGGCGCCCUGACAUCCUUCUAACUUCCUGUCUGUAACCCCUCGCCAUCGCACCAUCCUUCGCUCUGCUCCAACUCGCUGCUGAACCUCAACCCCCAGUCUGAGAACAACCCUCCCCCCCUCGGAACCCCUCAACCCCCCUCCGUCCCAAGCAGAAGGUCCAACCCAACAUGAAGAACAGAGAUUGAUCCAAACACAGAACCAACCUUUAUUUUGAGAAUCUGAAUAAGAGCAAUGGUUUGAGAUUAGAUUUUGACUUGGGUGGCUUUAUGAAUGAUUGAAACUGAAGAUGAAAAAGGAUGUAUUUUUAUAUGCUGGGAUCAGCAUUAUCUUGGUUUUAUUGCAGACAUAAUCGAAGGGAAUUAGACCCCCUUUUUUUAAAUCAAACAAUUGAUUAAGUUAUUUUAGAAUCAAACAACAAAAAAACAACCCCAUAUUUUAGCAUCAGAAAUGCACUUACAUUUCUAAUAUAUAUUAGAAUAUUUUCUGAUGAGUUUUCUGAGUUUUAAAACCUUGUUUGGUUCUGUGUGUUUGAGUGUUUGCUCUGGUCUUGUGUCUGAAGUCAAGUCAAUGUUCUGCUGGACUUAAAAACCAAUUUGGGAACAGGUGGUAAUUUGGACACAGACUCUGUGGAAUGUCAAGAAGUCUACUUGCCAUAUCAACACAUUUUGGCCCUUGAACAACGCUCCUUUUUAUUUUACAUUUCUUGUCUUUGUGGGUUUUUUUUUACCACUGUGCAACCACAGCACUGCAUCCAACAGACACUUGAAAUGGUGCUACCUGAAACAGCAACAACAAACCCAUCCACAAUGCAGCUCAAACGCUUGUACAACCAACGAUCCUUGUCUGCCGUGUCAUACAGGACGUUUCCAUCCGAACGAAUGGAGGAGAAACAUAAACAUGCAUCAUAUGCAUUCCCAUGGAACGUGGGCGGUGCUCGGUGUGGAAAUCAAUCUUCAAAUGUGUUUUUACAACAACGCAGCUACCACAACAAGCUAUCCUGCACCUGCCUACCUUAUAGCUGUCUAUAGAAACAAAUCGGCACAAUUUAAAAAGAAGGAAUAGCAAGGAACUUUGGACUAUAGAGACAACAUCCAUCCUUUCUCUCUAUCCAGCAGUAACAAGCAAUAACUGUUUCUAGUAUUUUUGUUUAUUUUAAAUUUCGACCAUUUGACCUCCUGUUUUUCCCCCCUCUCUUUUCCAAGGCAACAGACCUGUGGCCGUCCAAAAAAAGCUCAUUCAACUUGCGUAGUUUUUUGUACAUAAUUAGAUAGCUUACAAAUAGCUUAAUAAAUUAACGAUGAAAAAAGGAGUGUAAAAAAAAAAGUUUGAAAACUUGUGUAUAGAAAAAAACCUAUUGCCUCUGUUGCUGUUUUUGACCUUGUGUUUUUGUGCAUUUUAAAUGAUAUUUUUGAAAAGAUUUAUUCUACUUCUCUCAGAGUGUGACUGGCAAGCGGUCAGUCAGUCGUCCACGUGGCCAUGAAUUGGACAGUAAUCGCUUUGUUCAUUUUGCUGGUUGAAACGUUCAAAGGUUACCAUUCUGUAGCUGUCCCCCAUCAACCCCAAGAGAAACGUUCAAAGGUUACCAUUCUGUAGCUGUCCCCCAUCAACCCCAAGAGAAACGUUCAAAGGUUACCAUUCUGUAGCUGUCCCCCAUCAACCCCAA